CUGAGUCGGCGCGUCGUAUCGAACCGCUCGGCCACCGCGCGCCUGCGCUCUUGGCUUGUCAGCCAGAGGCGGCGUGGGGAGCGCUGGGAGAGGCUGCGGCGUGCGGAUAGCUGAGCUUUAUAAAAAUGGAGUUUCAAGCGGUGGUUAUGGCCGUUGGUGGGGGAUCUCGGAUGACAGACUUGACUUCCAGCAUUCCCAAGCCUCUGCUUCCAGUUGGAAACAAACCUUUAAUUUGGUACCCGCUGAACCUGCUUGAGCGUGUUGGAUUUGAAGAAGUCAUCGUGGUUACAACCAAAGAUGUCCAAAAGGCUCUCUGCGCAGAAUUCAAGAUGAAGAUGAAGCUAGAUAUUGUGUGCAUUCCUGAUGAGGCAGACAUGGGGACUGCAGAUUCUCUACGACACAUCUAUCCAAAGCUUAAGACCGAUGUGCUGGUCCUGAGCUGCGAUCUGAUAACAGAUGUGGCUUUACAUGAGGUUGUGGACCUGUUCAGAGCUUAUGAUGCGUCACUGGCCAUGCUAAUGAGGAAAGGACAAGAGAGCAUAGAACCAGUUCCAGGUCAAAAGGGGAAAAAAAAACCAGUGGAGCAGCGUGACUUCAUUGGAGUGGACAGCACAGGAAAAAGGCUGCUCUUUAUGGCUAAUGAAGCAGACUUGGAUGAAGAGCUGGUCAUUAAGGGAUCCAUCCUGCAGAAGCACCCUAGGAUACAUUUCCACACAGGCCUUGUGGAUGCCCAUCUCUACUGCCUGAAGAAGUACGUUGUGGAUUUCUUAAUGGAGAAUAGGUCAAUCACUUCUAUCCGAAGCGAACUGAUUCCAUACCUAGUAAGAAAACAGUUUUCCUCAGCUUCCUCACAGCAAAGGCAGGAAGACAAAGAAGAGGAUCUAAAGAAAAAGGAGCUGAAGUCUUUAGAUAUUUACAGUUUUAUAAAAAAAGACGACACUCUGACCUUGGCUCCCUAUGAUGCCUGCUGGAAUGCUUUUCGAGGAGACAAAUGGGAAGAUUUGUCUAGAUCACAGGUCCGCUGCUAUGUCCACAUCAUGAAAGAAGGACUUUGCUCUCGAGUAAGCACACUGGGACUCUACAUGGAAGCCAACAGACAGGUCCCCAAAUUGCUAUCUGUUCUUUGUCCGGAGGAAUCAAUGAUCCAUUCAUCAGCCCAGAUUGUCAACAAACACCUGAUUGGAGCUGAUAGCCUCAUCGGGCCAGAUACACAAAUUGGAGAGAAGUCAUCUAUUAAGCACUCUGUCAUUGGCUCAUCCUGUGUCAUACGAGACAGAACGUCUAUUACCAAUUGCCUCCUCAUGAACUCUGUCACCGUGGAAGAAGGUGACAUGAACUCAGAAUAUCACUUCUACCCUCCCACACCAGAACACAGUGCUCCUGUGAGAAACUGCUGAGAACUCUUCCUUAGGGUCCAACAGUAGUGAGCCCUUCCCAGUGCUGCAGUGACAUUGUGACAAUGCCUAAGUGUCAUUUUCCCCUGUGACUGUCCCAGAGCUGCCUUGAGGCAGAGGCACAGGAGGAGUGGACAUACUGUGCUUUGAGGGCAAGCUUCUCUAUACAUUUUGACUUUAACCCAAGCUGGCCUAGUACUUGCUAUGUAACCCAGUCUGGCCUCCUACCCAUAUGCCCUCUGCUUCAGACCCUGAGUGCUGCGAUGGUAUGUACACAGUACCAUCCCUGGCAGAGUACUUGAAGGCAUACCAAACUUUUGACAUCAUGAUACACCAUUGUCAUCUACAAAGUUCACACUCAAAGACUACACAGCUGGGGCUUAGGCGAUGACUCAUAGGUAAGAACACUUGCUACACAGGCAUGAGGACCUGAGUCUGAAUCCUCAACACACACAAAAGCCAGGCGUGGCCACAUGUGCCUUUAACUGCAGUAUUGGAAUGGGGAGACUGAUGGGUCCUGAACACACCGUGAAACAGCGCUUCAGGGUCAGUAAAACACCUUGUUUCAAGGGAAUAAGGCUGAGCGUGAUAGAACAGAACAGCCCCAUAAUCUUUAACGCUUCCAACUCUAUUCAAAGUCCAAAGCUGGGGCCUGGAGAGAUGGCCCUGCGGUUGAGAAUAAUUACAGCCCUUACAGAGGACCCAAGUGUGGUUCCCAGUAUGUACAUCUAGCAGUUCACAAUUGCCCAUAACUCCAGCUUAGAGGCUCUAGUGCCCCUCUCUGUCUCUGCAGGCACACACACAUAUAUGUACACACAAAUAUCACAUAUAUAAAAAAUAAAACUUGAAAGUAAAAGUACAAAGUCCAUGAUGAGGGAUAUAGUUAUUGUGUGCUAUUGUCUAGCAUAUAUGUGCAAGGCCUUGGGUUUAAUUCUGAGGAUCAGGAAUUCAAGAUCAUCUUCAGCUACACAGGGAUUCAAGACCAGCCAGGAAUGCAUGGGACUGCCUCAAAACAACAAAAGAAACGUUUGCUGAAACUCGAUUUAAAACCAAUAAAAGCACGGUUCCUCAGUAGCACAGUAGGCACUCCUGUACCCAGGACGUCAGGAGCCAGAGGGAAGAAUCUGCAACAUAGUUAGACAUUCCUGUACCCCAGGACUUCAGGAGCCAGAGGGAAUAGGAUUUCAAAUUUAAGCCUAGCAUGGGUUAUAAGUUUAAGUAUAAGUUGCUGUUUGAGACAGCAAGUCCUUGUCUCAAAAUAAAAUAAAAAGAGCCAAACAUAUUGUCCUAUACCUUUAAUCCAGCACUUGGCGGGUGGGUCUCUGAGUUAGAGAGCAGCCUGAUCUAUCCAGUGAAUUCCAGGACAGCCAGGUCUAUGUAGGAAGACCAUGUCUCCAAGAAGAAAAAGAAAAAGGAAGCAUAAGAGAUUGGUGUGUAGCCCUGGCUGGCCUAAAACUCACCAGUACACUAUACUGGCCCUGAACUCACUCACACAGAUCACCUGCUUCUCCCUCUCUCGGAUCAAUGGUGUGUGCCGUGCCCAGUAAGGCAGAGUUUCUCCACGUAGCCCUGGCUAUCCUGGAAUUCCCUUUGUAAGUCUGGAUGACCUCAGACUCAAAAGAUCCACCUGUCCCUGCCUCCCUGGUGCUGGGAUUAAGGUUUCCAACUGCCAAAACAAUUUUUUUUUUAAUUUUUUAAAUCACUGGGCUGGCUCAGUAUAGUAGCAGAUUCUUAGCAUUUGAGAGACAGAGGCAGGAGGACCCAUAUUUAGAAGCCAACCUGGGCUACACUGUGUCCAAAGAAUAAGAUCAAAAGGUUGUAUGUGUGUGGUGGGGGGUGAUAUAACUCCCAUUGGGCUGAAUUUGUGAAGGGAGUUCAGUUGAAUGUUUGUGAAAUGGGACCAGCUAUCCUUGAAGUCCUGGGUUCAGCAAUCCUUCAACUGCCCCAAUCGUACUGUACUACCACACCACACUCGUAACAAGUCACUGGAGAAAACCGUCUGUUCCAGUUCAGAGUGACUAACUGGACUGGGAAUCUCAGUACAGCAGAACUUCCGAGCAGGAGGACCCAAGGCUGUUCUCCAGAGCCUGCAUUAGAAUAGAGGGAGAGCGGCGAGACUGCCUGGCACUUAGGAACACUGACUACUCUUCCAGAGGACCCCAGUUUGAAUCCUAGCACCCAUACGACAGAGCCUGGUGAAUCUCUGGAUUUAAGGCCAGCUAAGGUUACAUUACAUAGUAAGUCCCUGUCUCAAAGAGGAAAAAAAAAGGAACACAUACAUACACUUCCUUCGGAGGCUGAGGCAGAAGAAUUAUUGAGUUCAGAGCCAGUCCAACUAAAAGGGAGGUCCUGUCUCAAAAAAAAAA